AUGAAACAAAAAGACAGCUUGGAUAUGAGCCUUGCAUUGCAUCCUGAACGAGUGCUGGUAGCAACAGGACAAGUUGGGAAAGAGCCUUACAUCUGUGUGUGGGAUUCAUAUACUGUGCAGACCAUAUCAGUUCUAAAGGAUGUUCAUACACAUGGUAUAGCUUGCUUAGCAUUUGAUUUAGAUGGACAGCGCUUGGUUUCAGUUGGACUUGAUUCAAAGAAUGCAGUUUGUGUUUGGGACUGGAAGAGAGGGAAAAUGUUGUCCAUGGCUCCCGGUCAUACAGAUAGAAUAUUUGAUAUUUCUUGGGAUUUGUACCAGCCAAAUAAACUUGUCAGCUGUGGUGUAAAACAUAUCAAGUUUUGGAGUUUAUGUGGAAAUGCUCUGACCCCAAAACGAGGUGUCUUUGGUAAGACAGGUGAUCUUCAGACAAUAUUGUGUCUAGCCUGUGCAAGGGAUGAAUUAACAUAUUCUGGUGCGCUCAAUGGUGAUAUAUAUGUUUGGAAAGGAAUCAAUCUUAUACGAACGAUACAAGGAGCCCAUGCUGCAGGGAUUUUUAGCAUGAAUGCUUGUGAGGAAGGAUUUGCUACCGGUGGCAGAGAUGGCUGCGUUCGUCUUUGGGAUUUAACUUUUAAACCGAUUACUGUGAUUGAUCUCAGGGAGACAGACCAGGGGUAUAAAGGUUUGUCUGUGAGAAGUGUUUGUUGGCGAGGUGACCAUAUUCUAGUUGGAACACAGGACAGUGAAAUUUUUGAAAUUGUAGUACAAGAAAGAAAUAAACCUUUCCUAAUUAUGCAAGGGCAUUGUGAAGGGGAACUUUGGGCCCUCGCUGUCCAUCCUACUAAACCUUUGGCUGUGACUGGAAGUGACGAUCGUUCGGUCAGGAUAUGGAGCCUAGUGGAUCAUGCAUUAAUAGCAAGGUGUAAUAUGGAAGAACCCAUUCGUUGUGCAGCUGUAAAUGCAGAUGGAAUCCAUCUUGCCCUUGGAAUGAAAGAUGGCUCGUUCACUGUACUUAGAGUAAGAGAUAUGACAGAAGUUGUACAUAUUAAGGAUAGGAAGGAGGCAAUUCAUGAGUUAAAGUAUUCACCAGAUGGAACUUAUCUUGCUGUUGGAUGCAAUGACAGCUCAAUUGACAUUUACGGAGUUGCCCAGCGAUAUAAGAAAGUUGGUGAAUGUGUUGGAUCACUUAGUUUCAUCACUCAUCUGGACUGGUCCUCUGACAGUAGAUAUUUACAGACAAAUGAUGGAAAUGGGAAAAGACUUUUUUAUAGGAUGCCAGGAGGAAAAGAAGUGACAAGUACAGAAGAAAUCAAAGGUGUUCAUUGGGCUUCAUGGACAUGUGUUUCAGGCCUUGAAGUCAAUGGAAUUUGGCCCAAGUAUUCAGAUAUCAAUGAUAUAAAUUCAGUAGAUGGAAAUUAUAUUGGCCAAGUUUUAGUUACAGCUGAUGACUAUGGAAUUUUAAAAUUAUUUCGAUAUCCAUGUUUAAGAAAAGGGGCCAAGUUUAGAAAAUAUAUUGGUCAUUCAGCUCACGUAACUAAUGUCAGAUGGUCACAUGAUUAUCAGUGGGUUAUUUCUAUUGGUGGAGCAGAUCACUCUGUGUUUCAGUGGAAAUUUAUUCCUGAAAGAAAAUUAAAAGAUGCUCUUCAUAUUGCACCCCAAGAAAGUCUGGCUGACUCUAAUAGUGAUGAAUCAGAUUCAGAUCUGUCUGAUGUUCCAGAAUUGGAUUCUGAAAUUGAACAAGAGACCCAGCUCACCUACCGUCGGCAGGUUUACAAAGAAGAUCUACCUCAGCUUAAAGAACAAUGCAAAGAGAAGCAAAAAAGUGCUACUUCCAAAAGAAGAGAGCGUGCUCCAGGAAACAGUAUUCGAUUACACUUUGUUCAUGGUUACAGAGGUUAUGACUGUCGAAGUAACCUAUUUUAUACUCAGAUUGGUGAAAUUGUGUACCAUGUGGCAGCAGUGGGUGUCAUUUAUAAUCGGCAACAGAACACACAGCGUUUUUACCUGGGUCAUGAUGAUGACAUUCUCUGCCUGGCUAUUCAUCCUUUGAAAGACUACGUGGCAACAGGCCAGGUAGGUAGGGAUCCCUCAAUUCACAUAUGGGAUACAGAGACCAUCAAACCAUUGUCCAUAUUAAAGGGCUACCACCAAUAUGGUGUUUGUGCUGUUGAUUUCUCAGCGGAUGGCAAGCGUUUGACUUCAGUUGGAAUAGAUGACAGUCACACUGUUGUGCUGUGGGACUGGAAGAAAGGAGAGAAACUUUCAGUAGCAAAAGGAAGUAAAGAGAAGAUUUUUGUUGUAAAGAUGAACCCCUAUGUGCCUGAUAAGCUAAUUACAGCUGGAAUUAAACACAUGAAAUUUUGGCGCAGAGCAGGGGGAGGACUGAUUGGAAGAAAAGGCUACAUAGGCACACUGGGGAAAAAUGACACAAUGAUGUGUGCAGUGUAUGGAUGGACUGAAGAGAUGGCUUUUUCUGGAACAUCCACAGGAGAUGUGUGUAUCUGGAGAGAUGUCUUUCUUGUAAAAACAGUUAAAGCACAUGAUGGGCCAGUAUUCAGCAUGCAUGCAUUGGAGAAAGGGUUUGUGACUGGAGGAAAAGAUGGUGUAGUGGCUCUUUGGGAUGACUCCUUUGAAAGAUGUCUCAAGACCUAUGCUAUCAAAAGAGCUGCCUUGGCCCCAGGAUCCAAAGGUCUUCUCUUGGAAGAUAAUCCAUCUAUACGUGCCAUAUCAUUAGGACAUGGUCAUAUUUUAGUUGGCACAAAGAAUGGUGAAAUACUAGAAGUGGACAAAAGUGGCCCAAUAACACUUCUGGUUCAGGGACACAUGGAAGGAGACGUGUGGGGUUUGGCUACACAUCCUUAUCUGCCCAUCUGUGCCACUGUAAGUGAUGAUAAAACCUUAAGAAUAUGGGAUCUCUCUCCUAGUCAUUGUAUGUUGGCUGUCCGGAAGCUGAAAAAGGGUAAGAGGCUCUCAGACUUGAACAAGAUUAAGCUGUCACAGUUUUCUAACCUUUACAAAUUCAAGACAGCAACAAUAGGCACAUUAAAAAUAUAUUUUACAUAUUUUGAAAUAUUUAUUUUCUCUCCACUUGCUCAUAAAGCUGCAUAA